AUGGGAAAACAUAAUAAACAUCAUAUAGAAAUAAAAACUUCUCAAGAAAAUUUAUUAGAAGAAGAAUCAACAACAAAGACACCUCCUUUACAAGAUUUGCAAUCCUCCUUUUCCCUAGUAGAACCAUCUCCUAGUAAGCACAAACAACGUAAAGAAGCGAAAACGGUUCGAGCUCUCCGGUCCAUGAUCCGAUCAUUCCCCAUCAUAUCUCCCAAACAUUGUAGAUUACCUGAUAUAAACUUCCUUAGCAAUGGUGGUACGAGUAAUCGUGUCACGGGCACGUUGUUCGGGUAUAAGAAAGGGAAGAUGAGCUUUUCCUUACAACAAUCUACCAAGUGUUUGCCAACGUUGGUGUUGGAUCUACCUAUACAAACGCACGUCCUUCAAAAGGAUAUGAGCAUAGGGAUGGUUAGGAUCGCCCUUGAAUGCGAAAAAAAGGAUGAAAAGGGGAGGAAGGGUUUGUUAGAAGAGCCUAUUUGGGACAUGUUUUGCAAUGGUAAGAAGUUUGGUUACGCGGUUAAGAGGGAUGCUAAUGAGAUGGAUUUGAGCAUAAUGGAGCUUCUUAAGGUGACUACAAUGGGCGUGGGUGUGUUGCCCUUGUCGGAGUUUUGUGAUGGUGAUGAUCCAGACGACGAAUUGGCCUAUAUUCGCGCUAACUUUGAUUAUGUUGUAGGCUCCAAGGACUCGGAGACCUUGUAUAUGUUGUGUCCGGAAGGGAACAUUGUUCUUGAUCUUAGUAUAUUCUUUGUAAGGAUUUGAGGUUGCAUUGUAUUUACAUAUGGUGUUGGUUAUUAAGGAGGAUCAUGUUAAAAUUCGAGGUCAUUGAAUUGGGGAGAUAUUAGAUACAAUUUCGAGCAUUGAUUGCAAUGUGGGCUUGUGAAUGAGGUCCUUAAGAUCGUAACGUGCACUGACUAGGAACAUUAACCAUUUUU